CUGGGCAUGCGCAGUGUCCUCAAGCAUCGUUAAGCAGUGCUGAAGGAGGCGAGAAGGAAAACAGAAGCAGAGAGAGAGAGAGAGAGAGAGGGAGAGAGGGCAGAAGUUGGAUGGUGCUUUCCUUUGUCGCGGUGGCUCUCUGCUCGCAAGCUCAUCGGCGAUCCGUGAAUCCACACCGUCUGCCGCCGUUUCACGUCCAACUUACUCCUCCGGGUUUCACCCGACAAACGCACUGUUACUGAACCGUCAUCAGGUCCGAAGCUGUCGCCACCACGAUGAUGGAGGAAUCGGUGUCCACGUUUGAGACGCAUCUGACGGCCGUCAUGGACAGUCUGAUCCGAGCGUCGGUCUGCGAGAUCACCAAACUCUUCCAGGAGACGGUGAACGACUACCUGGUGGAGCUGUCCCUCAACAGGAGGGAGAACGAGGCUCUCAAACUGAGACUGAGGCUCACCGAGAACAAGCUGAGAACCGAGCGCAAGUACGGGAUGGGCUGGGCUGCCAACCGCCGCAACGCCGGGCUGGCGGCGGCGGCGGAGGAAGGAGCUGCAGGGCGGCUGAAACGAAAAGUUGAGGUGGCCCGAGGCAAGUCAAAGAAGGGCCCCGCAGCAGCCUAUGGCAAAGGCUGGCCUGGAGGUGUGUGGGAGGAAGGAGGAGGUGGUGGCGGUGGCAGCGGUGGCAGCGGCGGCAGCGGUGGUGUUGGGGGAGGAGGAGGAAGUGGAGGAGCUGUGGGGAUGGUAGCAGGAGCAGGAGGAAGAGGGGGGAAGGAGGCCAGGGAGAUGUACCUCAUCCAGUUCCCUGGGGAUGAAGAGGAUGAGGGAGGGAUGGUGGAAGACCAGGAAGGGGAGGGCAGCCUCAGCGUUGAGGGGGAGGAGACGGCCAACAUCAAAGAGGAGUUUACUCAAACAGAGGGCUAUCAACCCGCCUCUCUCCGGCUAAUCAAGGAGGCUUUGAAGAUGGACCCGCCCAAAAAGAACCUCCACACUGGCUCCAGAGCCCAAAGCGAAGGAGACCUGUCGGAUCAUCCCCCAAGCCUUCAUCCAGGAGAGAGAGAGGAGGAGGACUGGGAGGUGGACUCAGCAGAGCCAUCAGAGGGUGGCAUGACCAUGGAUGAGCUGAGGGGUCUGGAGUCUGCACUGAGGGCUGAGAGAGGACGCGAGCAGGCUGCCAUGACGGCUUCUCAGCCUGUCAGCCCAGAAUCUGAGGUAGUGCAAGGCGGCAAGAUCACCCUGGCCCCCAAGUACAUUGGCCUUGAUGGAAUGGAGCAGGACGAAGAGCUGGAUCCUCAGCCACCCACCCUGCAGAGAGAGGAGCAGAUAGGGCAAGGCAGGUCAAAGGAUGGGGUGAGGGCCGGAGUCGAGCUGAGGUUAGGCUGGUCCAAGAAGUUAAGAGAGGGCGACUCGGCUGCAGUCAUGACUGACGAGGAUGUGGUGGAGCUGGGAGAGUCGGAGCACCUGCCCCACCUGUCUGCUUCAGGGAGUGCCGGGGAGAGCGGAGGGGAAGAGGAGGGUAGCGGAGAUUUGCUUCACUUCUGCCCACAGUGUGGAGGAGGCUUCACCUCAGAGGCUGAGCUGGAGGAGCACCCCUGUCCACUAGGAGGCUCUCAGUUACAGAGCAGUGGAGCAGAGGACAGUCUCUUCCCCUGUGCCCACUGUGGCAACACGUUCAGCCACGCCUGGGCACUUAAGAACCAUGAGUGUGCCUGUGCCGCUGAGCGGCCGCACUGCUGCGAGAUCUGCGGGAAGCGCUUCACACACUCACGCUCACUGGAACGGCAUCAUCUGGUGCACACGGGCGAGAGACCGCACCGGUGCCCUCAAUGUGGACGCACCUUCAGUCGUCUGGGCAAUUUGGAGCGGCACCAGCGGAUUCACACGGGGGAACGUCCAUAUGGGUGUGAGGCGUGUGGAAAACGGUUCAGUCGCGUGGAGUACUUAAAAAGACACCAGCUCAUACACAACAGUGAAAAGGCAACACUCCAGUGCUCCAACUGUGGAAGUGGCUUUAGCGAUGUGGAGCAACUGAAAAACCACCAGUGUUUUUAGAGCCUCUCCUACAAAUCUCUGAUAGAACUGGAAAGAAAAAGCAGGUUUUCAAUCGAAUGUUGUAGAAUUUAGGUGAUGAAUGUGACUGGUAGAUGCUAAUUUUAUCCUCUGUCAUCUGGGGUUGCCUUUCUUACUUGUAAAUAAAUAAGUAAAUGAAGAAGGCAAAUGUACAAAGUGGACAGGAAGUCAGUUGUACAUGACGUUUCUCUACAGGAAGAGAAAUAAAAAAUCUAUCUCAGACGUCCAGUCAUUUUCAUUUGAGGCGUUCUCACAAAGCUUGUGCUUAUUUAUGAUUAUCAAUAAAUUGUACACUUUUGUCUUUUUAUCAAGAAUUCAAAGUUAAAGUUGCUGCCCUUGUUUGUUUCUGACAAUAUAAUUGACAGCUUGGUAUUUUGUGUGUUUGUGUUUUGGUCAUAUCAUUAAGAAAUAAAUAUUUCAUCAGAAGGCUCUUCA